AUGUCCCCCGCGUCAGAACACGAGAGUGAGACGGGCCGUGAUCAGUUCUCCGAUUUGGAGACCGAAAGCGAGCCUGACCAAACCCCUACUCAUCUCACCCUUGAGCAGUUGGAGUUGUGGUUCGAGUUAACAGAGUGGAUCAUCAACGCCGAAGGGCCUCCUUACUAUGAGAAACUGGAGAUCGCCCCGGAGAUGAAUGGGAGAUACGACGCUAUCGAGUCUAGGUUUUUCACCUGGGGCGAAUAUAAAGAGCUUGCCAUUAUGUUUAACUGUGGUAUCUACAAGUUCUCAGCCCCAUAUGCGAAGGCCUACAAAUAUUGCAGUGGCUAUUUUCUCCGUGAUAACAAGCGCUUCCCUUGUAUUGCUUUCGAAAGUGGACACGAGUCGUGGUCCAACCUCCUGAAGGUGAAGGAUAUGUGGCUACAAGGUGGAACACCAUACGUGAACGCCGUGGUUCUGAUAAAGUGGGAUGAGAGAGACAAUGGAGAUGUAGCCGGGUCCCUCGAGUUACAUCGCAGAGGCGGUAUCGCAUGUCCUCAAAUUGAUGUCUUUCCCGUUCCGUCGCCCGGCACCCUUCACGCCGCACAAACCGUGACUUUUUGUCGGCGAGACUUAUAUCCUGCGGGAAAGGUGCCCGAAGGUCGAGACCCAAACGACGUUUGGAAUUGGGAGAUAGACAAACUCCGGGAAGAAGCUACUUGGACCAUGGGAUUAAUCGACCUCAGGCCGGCAGAAGCAUGA